GAGUUGGAUCCCAGGACACAAACAACAGAACCACACAAAUCUCACCUUAAUAAACAAAAUCCUGUAAAUCAAGAAAAUCUUUUGUUAGAAAGUGGCAAAAAAAAAGUUCAGAUUUUUGAGCCAUUUCCAAUUUGAAUUUCAUCAUAUCUGAAAAAAGAAGAAGAAGAAGCUAUAUGACCGCUCUGUUUUCUGUUUGCAGUGUUCCUUCCUAUGUAUUACCAACCAAGAACAAACAGUUCUACUCAAGAAAAAAUAUUUCCAAGAUUGCUACAGUAGUUCCCCAGAUGUCCUUUUCUUCAUCCACUUGUAAUCAACAUAAAAGUAAAUGUCCAUUGCCAGUUGAUGCUCCAUUGAAAGCAAUAUUAUUCGAUAUUGAUGGAACGUUAUGUGAUUCGGAUCCUAUCCACUAUUAUGCCUUUCGAGAAAUGCUUCAAGAGAUAGGUUUCAAUAGUGGAGCACCUAUAAGUGAGGAAUUCUUCAUAAAGAAUAUUAGCGGUAUGCAUAAUGACGAGCUCUGUGGUGUCCUCUUCCCAGAUUGGGAUUUCAAGAGAGCUAUCAAAUUUAUGGAUGAUAAGGAAGACAUGUUUCGAAGAAUUGCAUCAGAACAGCUAAAACCAUUGAAUGGCCUUGAGGAGGUAUGCAAAUGGAUUGAGGACCACGGUCUGAAACGAGCAGCUGUUACUAAUGCUCCAAGACCAAACGCUGAGCUGAUAAUCUCAAUGCUAGGUCUAUCAGAUUUCUUUGAACUACUUGUCAUCGGAAGUGAAUGUGAACGAGCCAAACCUUUUCCAGAUCCUUACUUGAAGGCUCUUCAUGAACUUGGAGUAUCUCCUAAGCACGCAUUUGUUUUUGAGGAUUCUAUUUCUGGAAUAAAAGCUGGAGUUGCAGCUGGAAUGCCGGUUAUAGGUUUAGGUCUAAGGAACCCCGAAAAAUUACUAUCAGAGGCCGGGGCAACAUUUGUUAUUAAGGAUUUCAAGGACUCGAAGUUAUGGACAGCUCUAGAAGAGUUGGAAACAGGAAAAAUCAAAACAUGAGCCAGAAGCUGGUGAUGUAGAAAUCUAUUAUUAUCUUUUGUAUGAUCUGGCUUCACACCUCUCGCCUAUCGGAACACCAGCCCAAUCUUGACAGCUGAAGUGGUUUUGUUAUAUCAACAUAAAGGUUAUUCUUUUCCUUUUAACUUAUUUGAUUGAACAUCUAAACAAAAUUCAAAGUGGUUUGUUGGAUGUCCACUAUGAUCCAUCCAUUUUUAUGUGAUACUCUUUCUUUUUUUAAUUUGUUCCAAACAGAUCGGCACAUUUCUAUACUUGGGAAACUCUUUAAUGAUA